GUACUUGUAUGAUAUAAUAUUUACAGAAUGUUUUGGUAGUAUGAACACAGCUUUGCCAGGUUUGACAAGAACGUGAGAGAUUGUUUUAGAUGCUUACAUUAUUUGAGAAUAUUUAGUUGAUAGUCAUCAGCAUAAUGAUGAUAGAAAUAAUGAUGCUUGAAUGAUUAAUGGAGAGCUGCUCAGAGAGUGAAGAGGAGCAUCAUUCUUUGACAUGGUCCCACAAGACAGAACUCAAAGACUCUCUUGUUGACAUGUACCGAGCUAAUCCUAAAGUCAAUGAGGAGCUGAAACAAAGGCUACCCUCCCCAAUAAGGACCCUCUGUGUGGAGACUACAUCACAACUUGGCCUCCCUAAGUCCCUCUCCAUAUCAGAACCAUCUCAGAGUGCAUCAGAGGUGUUCGAUAAGGAUCUACCACGGGUACCUCCUCCACCACCCAAACCUCCAAAGACCUCAGGCAGAGGAUCCUCUCCCCUCCCCAGGGACAGGUCCCCAGACGCGGGCAGACCUAUGGACCAGGACAGGCCCAGUAUCCCCAGGAUUCGGACUCCAGAGGUCCAGGGUAGUACACCCGGCACAGAGGGCCACAGUGAGAGCCCUCUCCACAGACACCCUCUCUGUGUGCCUGAGGUGCCCAGUGCACCACCUCCCCACAGGUGCUCCCCGGAGGUCCUGGAGAGCGUGAAGGUUGUCAGCUCAGGUGACUCUGCGCGGCUCGUCCCAGCCCUGGACAAAGAGAAGAACAUUGCCUUCCUGCUCAAAGAGCUGGAUUCUCUGCGAGACCUCAAUAAAAAGCUUCAGGACAAACUAGCACUGCGGGAGAAGGAGCUUGAGACCAAGCUGCUGGACACUCAACUGCAGGAGAGCCAGAUGGAGGCACUGGCCUGCGAUCGAGCUGGAGCUCUGGUGGAGGAGAUCUAUAAGGCCCAGAGGGAGCGUGACCAGGCUGUGAUGGCCCGUCUCCGACUGGCCAACGAGGAGCGCGACGAGGCUCUUCUCCGCGCCAAGAAGCUCCAGCAGGCCGCCAUCGAGCUGGAGAGUAUUAACCCAGAAGAAAAUGAUAUGGACCUGGAAGAGCUGCUGAAUCGGGUGAACAGUGCAGACUCAGCCCUCAGCAUCGAGCGCUGCGGAGUGGCCAUCUUGGAGCGGUUGCAGAAGGCCAAGGAGCGCAGGGCAAAGAUCACAGCGGAGGAGAUGAGGACGGUGAUGGAGGAGAGAGACAGUGCUCUAACCAGGUGCAAGCGACUGGAACAGGAUCUUCUCCACGCACAAGAGCAGGGCCAGACCUCAGCAAACAACGCCCGACACCUGCCCGCGGAAAACAAUCAGGACCGCGUCCGCAAGGAAGAGUUAGAUGCAGUUCAGAGAGACCGAGAUAAAGCCCUGGAACUUUGCCAGAAGAUGGAGGAGGAACUGCAGACACUCCGGCUGUUCCAUGGUCAGCAUCUGAUGCAGACUGAGGAGACUGCAGUGAAGGAACAAGGUGCUCCCACACCACCUUCGUCUUUGACCUCCGAGACCAAGGGGAACCAGAACCAGGCCCUCCUGGCCCGUAUGCAGCUACUGGCCAGUGAGCACCAGAACCUCCAGGCCCAGCUCCGCCACUCCCAGGACGCAGAGCGGGAGGCCAGUGAAAAGGUCCAGAAGUUGGAGCGGCUGGUGGAGGUGUUAAGAAAGAAGGUGGGCACAGGGAGCGUGAGGACGGUGAUCUGACUCGCGGAGGCUCCACGCAAAAAGGGCUGACCUGCCGACUGACCGGCCGGGCGACCACAUCUGGUGACCAGGCAGUGGCGUUUAGCGCUGAGUAAACACAGCCACAGCCUUGACUGGGCAAACAGUUGUUAGAAGUGGAGCACUCACACACAAAAAAGCCUCAUUCCAAGCCUCGCUCCCAAAAGAGAGAAGGAAAGCGGGAGAGAAAGGGGGAGAGAGAAA